AUGUCUCUCGCACUCCACGGCAAUCAGAGUGGCUACCCCGAUUGUUUUGAACGCACUAUUGAUAGUUAUCUGAAGAUCUGGAAGAACCUAAUCCACCAGGAAAUCAGUGCGGUCACCAUCGCAGUCGCAGGAGAGAUGUGCAACAUCUACAGACGACACGCCAGGUUGGAUGACCUGCACAGGUUCCUCGCAUCCGGGUUCUUCAUCGGAAACGAAGAGAGAUUCUGCACCAAUGAGAAGUUCACACGGGCGCUUGUUAUUACGAGAUACAGACAGCAUAAUUUCAGAGAAGUUACUAAACUUUUGACCUCGUGUCGCUUUACGUUCGAAUUGGAAAAACUCGUCGCCCUCUGGGAUGAGGUCCACUAUCAGAUGUACAUCUUGGAGGACCCAAGCAGAUAUCUCACACCUCUUCAGAAGUUUAGGCUCAGGAAAAGGUACCCACCGCCAACGAGCAUUUGUCCGACCGGUGAGCGCACAUCAAACUCACUUCCUAAAGCUGCGAAAGCAAUCCUGCGCCAAUGGUUGUGCGACCACACUCACAAUCCCUACCCCACCAUUCGACAGAAGGAGGACCUCGCCAAACUGACGCAACUUGAGAUACAUCAGAUUCGCACAUGGUUCGCAAACACAAGACGUCGUCUGCGGGCCAAGCUGAAAAAAGAGCUGGGCAGCUUAAAUGUAGGGAAGGGUUCCAAGCUCAAGAUCCUCACUGGCAAGGUGGAUGAAGACGACAAUGACGACGAGGAGGCGGACCCAAGUGGAGCAGACGAUGUCUUCCAAAUGGACGCUAACCAGAUCAAAUCCUUGGUUGGGAGUAUACUCAAGGUUGACAGUCCCACGAGUUCACAGGAAGAUGUCAAUGCCUCUUGUUCCACUGGGUACGGGGAGCUACCUCAACGCAAUCAGCAGAUGCGACAUAAUCCUACUAUCACCAGAGCUCAAGCCAUGCAGAAUCUUCAAUAUGCCCCGCCAGUCAACAUGAUGCCUUGUAGAAAUGACGCCCCUACAAUGACAAUACCGUACAGGAACUUUCAGAACCCAAUGCUGAGACCUUCAUCUUCUCUGGGUGCACCAGCGAAACCGAUGUCGAUGGCUAGUCCUGUCUCAUGUCCAAUGUCCAUACCAAAUACCAACAGGUUUGAAUUUCCAGAGACGAAGUAUCAGGCCCCAAUGUCAAGUUUCAGCUCAUCAUGUCUGUGUCAACCGACGGCCCCGUCUCGUCAAUUCUACCACCAGGAGGACCUAAUCCAGAUCUCAUCUGACGAAGACGACAGGGAGUACAGUAACAUCAGGCAUUCUAUCUCAUCUAUUCUGACUCAACAGCAGCAGCAGCAGCAACACGAGCAGCAACAACAGCAACAAUUCCAGCAGUACCAGCAGUACCAGCAGUACCAGCGAGUGUUCGGCGUGCCGGCUCCAAUGAGUGGAAUGGUCCAGCAAAGUGACCCACAGCAGACUGCCGUCGGCAAACGUCGCUUCUUUUCCCCUCCGGCACCACAGCGUGUUGUCUCAAGCGUACAGCAGGCACACCCUUCUUCAUUCAUGCCCUGUAACAGAGUCAUUGAGAGCUAUCCUAGGACACAGAAUUGCUCCUAUCAGCAGAACCAAGGAACAAUCUUCAUGCAACCUACCCAAACUUGCAUCCCGAACCAACAUCCUGCAUUUGCGUCUCCGAGACAACCUUGUUGGACGCCGACAAGUGGCGGCAUCUACCAACCUCUCCAGAUGUCGCGAACGAUGUAUACGAGCCCAGUCGCUGUGUAUCAUAAAUUCAAUACCCCGUCCCCGAUCCUUUCUGCCAACACACUUUACUCCGAGCCACAGUACGGAUACAACCAGGUUAUGACGCCUCCGUGGACUCCACCAGACAUAUCCCAGAACGUAAACAAUGCUAUGCAAAUCUCGCGAGCACCGCAGGCGACUAUGACAAAACCUACCGGCAUAAUACAUUCGGACCCUGUCAUCAGAUUGGAGAAACCGCCAACUGCCAGAAACCUGUUCUGCACUCCGCGAGAAGAAUCUCCAUGCAAAGGGCGGACUAUCAUUGCCAACCUAGUAAAGAAAGAGCUCGAUCCUGUGUCAAUCAAGCUUUGCGCCCAGGCUGAUACAUCAAUCCUUGACCUCAGUCAUCCGCAAGACGAACCAGAGGCAGGCACUCCCGAAUCAAGCCAGUUAGUAAUCGACGAAAAGCUGCACACCCCAUCCACAGAGCCCGAAAACAAUAGCUCUGACGUCAGUAAGGCGAAUGACGAGGGUGAUCGUGGAAACGAGGCUGAUAUGAGCUGUCGUGGUGAUGACGAAAGAGAGGUUCCGACACCUGAGCCUGUGUUGGCCCCACUGAAGCCUUUGAACCUUGGAGACGCAUUCGACCACACCGACCACACCGACCACGCCGUCGAAAAUUCUCCUGGUGACCAAAUGACAUCCACUCACACGCAUGGCGCGGGGAGUUCCAUAGAGAAGCGAUCGCCCUAUUUCCAACAGCCGAUCGACGGUGCCCAGGGUUUCGGUGAGAAAACAUCAAGCAUCCAACAGGCGGGUUUUGUCGGUACUUUCCAAGGAAGGUCAACUUGCUCGCCAGAGGCACACAGUGCCGUGGAUUAUCUGGAUGAGCCCCUCGGGUUUCCACCCCAACGUGAAUUCCAUGAUGAUGAGCCCGUGGGAUUCUACGUGCAGGGCCGGGAAGAGACGAAGUAUGAGAGUCUCCAGUCCCUUACCAAUGUGAAGACCAGUGGUUACGAGGAAGGUACUGCGUCGACUGGCCUUACAGUCAGCCCCAUGCUCCUUACCCAACUCUGGGAGACACUUCGAAACAACCGCAACUCCACGUCGUGAAAUCUUGAGCGCUUACCUCCCUCUUCAUCCACUGUUGCCAAUAAAGAUGGUCAAACGAGCAGGAUAUGAGCGGAGUCUUGAACUGAUCAUCAAUGCAUUUACUCGGAAAAGAGAUGUCGCGACAUAAAAGAUGGCUGCGAUUGCGAUGUCAAGCGCAGUAAUGCCGCUCACCUAUUUCGACAAUGGCGAAGACUGUUUACAAAUACUGGAACGUUAUCGACAGCAGAAAUUGAAGGAGCGUGUAAAAAAUAACAUGGUAAAACUUCUGAAAACAUCUGAAAUUGAUCAGAUCUUUUAUCAGUCCCCAAGAGAGACUAGCAAUUGACCACAAGGGCGGCAGAUAGUUUUGUCUGCUGGUGAUCUUAUUCGUGGUCAGAAUGAUCAGUGUCGAGAUGAUUAAAAAAUUCACAAGAUUUAUAGGAAGUAUUUGAACUUGAUUUUGAAGAACGGGUUCACCCCUCCCACUUCUCAAUUGAUUACAGAUGAUGUUUCCUGAAAUUUUACAAUGUUUUUUUUGUACACGAUCACUUGGAGGAGUUCUACCUAAAUAUUUGGUAGUUUAGAGAACCAAGCAGACCCAGUACCACACUGGAAAGGAUUUAUUCAUUUCGAAUAAUUUGAACUCUAGCACGAUGAGGAUACUUAGUAAAAGAUGGGUUUGGGAGCAAAUUGAAUUGGAUAAAUUCCCGCAUCCUGAGUAUGAUCAUAGUAUCAUCCUGGUAAUAGCUCAAAAUAAAAUGCUCGUUGGCACAAUGGCAAUCAUGUUUUCGUUCAAACUGGUAGGAAGCAGCUCCUUUAUCAUACUGAAAUUCCAGCGGUAUUGCCUCCGAUUAAUACCUCCACCCAUACCACUGAAGAAAUACGUGUCAUUUUUCUGUAUACCGCGCGCCGCGCCUCACUUUUCGGUUCACCUCGCCCAAUUUAAGCCGUUUCUGCCGUAUGCAAUGUACACUAUCUCUAUGCGGUAAAGAAAGCAGGAUUUCGUGAACCCGUUUUUACGAUCACACAGACCUGACUUUCCAUGGCCACCGCGCUGCUAAUAUGAACUGGAUUUCAAAAUAACUUCACAGGCUUUGUCCAUUUAGUCUCCUCUGGACACAACGUGAUUUUCAACGCAAAGCAUAGGCCUAUUGUGGUUUUUGAAUGAGACUCAAAAACGCUACACUUAUCGAGAUAUGAUCAGACCGGUGAUCAAGCAAUUGUGAUGGUCAGUGGAGCUGAAAGGGUGGAUGUCGUCCUGG